AGAGGGGGCGAAUCCCGGCGGGCGGUGGGAGCCGUUGCAGGGCCGUUUCCAUUUGCAGCAGCUGCGCCGCCGGGGGCGAGUGAGGACCCCUCUAGUCUCUGUCCGGUGCCCUGCCUCCAGCAGGCCUGGAGGGGUCUGUCGCGACCGCCGAGCGCCUUGCCCAGCUAGCCCGGGCCGGCUGCCCGACUGGAGGCGUGGAUGGUUUAAAGCCGUCACUUUUGAAGAAAUCCCUGCUUCAGUUUCACCCUGAUCAUUUCAGGUACCCAGUUUAAUUGCAUGCAACAUAACUUUGGAUUCUUGGAAAGUUCAGAGUGAGUACAGUCAGUCAAGUCAAGAUUUGGGCAUCAUGCAUCGGACUGUGAAAUCCUUUCUCCAGACUCUGAAGUUCAGUGUUGGUUACUGCAGAUACUACUUUAACCAUAACUGUGAUCUGAGAAUAGCUCUUUGCAGUCAAAUAAAACCGCAAGAAUUUCAGUUUACAAAGUGUUUGGGAAAUUCAUGGAACAACACAGACUCACCAGGGCACAUUGUGCCACGGAGAUCCUUUUCUUGCAAGGAUCUUCUGAAAUCAGAGCAGGAGAACUGGAAAGUAACUUCAGCAAGAUAUAUGGAUACAGCAGAAAGAAUCAAGAAGAAAUUAGAAGUAAUGUACAACAAGUAUACAUUCAGCAUGAGCAGCCCAGCGAUUAGGUUUGGGGAUUGUGUUUACUUUGAAGAAAAUGGCUGCAUAUUUCGUUCAAAAUCAGAUGCUGAUGAAGGAAGUGUUGAGGUUUUACUCAGUACUGAAGAUCUUGGUUUUCAUGAUGCGAUUAUUCAGCGCAUCAGAAUUUCCCCAGAUCAGAGGUAUAUGGCUACCAGUAUAAAAAGCUCAAAUUCUGAAGAGUUAAGCUGUAUUGUUACAAAAUUUGAGAAGUCACCUGUGGUGGAAUAUAUUAUCCCAAAUGUGUUUAGUUUUGAAUGGGCUACACAUGAUGUUCUGUUCUACACCAGUCCAAAGAACCUUGUAUGCCAUAAGGUGCUUCUGGCCACUUUCACUAACAGAAAACAUGCUGAGCUAGUUUAUGUGGAACAAGAUCCAAGAUUUUUUGUGGAUAUAUAUUGCACAAAAGACAGGCGUUUUCUCACCAUCAACAGUAACAGCAAGACUAGCUCCGAAGUUUGGUUGGUUGACUGUAGCAAUCCUUUUAAUUCACCUAUUCUCGUGCAACAAAGAACUAAAGGGGUCAUUUAUCAUGUUGAGCACAGAAAUGAUGAAUUAUACAUUCUUACUACUUAUGGAGAGCCUGCGGAAUACAAGUUGAUGAAGACUCCAGUUGGUUCCUGUGGUAUGGAGAACUGGCAACUGGUUUACAUGUUGAAAGAAAAGACUAAGCUAAUAGACUUAGAGAUGUUCAGAGAUCACUGUGUGAUGUUUUUGAAACACUACGGUCAUCUUUAUUUAAAUGUGAUUUCUCUUGUUUCUCAUUCAGUUCAGUCUAUUAAGUUACCUGCAUGGGCCUGUGCAUUUGAGUCAGAAUCCCAUCCUGAGUACAAUGCCAGCACUUGCUAUUUUCAGCUCACCUCCCCAGUACAACCCCCUAAAUGUUUUGCAUAUAAAUUAGUGGAAAAUCAUCUCGUUGAGCAGGAGGCACCAAUUACAAUUAAUUGCCACAUUGUACGGCUAGAAGCUAAGAGCCAGGAUGAAAUUUUGGUGCCAAUUACAGUUUUUUAUAAUGCAAAUUCUAAAGAGCUACACAGGAAACCACUUCUGGUUCAUGUAUAUGGAGCUUACGGCAUAGAUUUGAACAUGAGCUUUAAAGCUGAGAAGCUGAUGCUAAUUGAAGAUGGUUGGAUAUUAGCAUAUUGCCAUGUUAGGGGUGGCGGAGAGUUAGGCCUGAGUUGGCAUAAAGAUGGAUGUAUGCAUAAUAAACUCAAAGGUCUCCACGACCUUAAGGCUUGUAUAAUGCUCUUGCAUGAACUAGGAUUUUCUCAGCCAAAGUAUACAGCACUAACAGGUAGCAGUGCAGGAGGAGUUCUUGCAGGAGCUCUAUGCAAUGCUGAUCCUGACCUCAUCAGAGCCGUAGUUUUACAGACCCCUUUCGUAGAUGUUCUAAAUACAAUGUUGGACACUGAUCUCCCACUGACAAUUGAAGAACAGGAAGAAUGGGGAAAUCCAUUAGCAGAUGAAAAGUACAUGGAAUACAUUAAAAGUUAUUGCCCUUAUCAUAAUAUUAAGCCACAGGUUUAUCCUUCAGUUUUAAUCACAGCAUAUGAAAAUGAUCAACGAAUACCACUGAGAGGAUUAUUAAGAUAUGUUCAUAAACUUAGAAAAGCAGAAAGGGAUCAUGCUAGAAGCAUGAAUAAGAAAGGAAACCUGAUACCUAAUAUCAUCUUAAAUGUUCAGGCAGGAGGCAGUCAUUGUACUCCAUUGUGGGAGGACUCAUUAAAUGAGGUUACAAGCCACCUGGCUUUUCUCUACAAAGAAUUUGGACUUGAGAGAGAAUAACUUGAAGAAGUGGUUUAUUUAACAUGCACAGUU